UCUGGGGGGUUCAGGGAGAGAAAAAGGUUUGAGAGGAGCCAGGCUCAGGGCUAAAGACGCUGGAGUGAAGGGGGACUAUGGAAGGGAAAUCUGAAGGGCUCCAGAGUGGGGGAUCCAAGGAGGCUGAGAGUGGGGACAUGUCUGAGGAUGCUCAGAUUGGGGCACAGGGGUGCUCAGAACGAGUGGUCUGAAAGGGCCCCAGGCCGGGGAAGGGCCCAUGGGGGCGCUGAGUGUUGUUAGAGGGCGGGGAUCGUGGCUGUGGGUCUGAAGAGGGAUCGCUUAAACAAUUAAGGUGUUAAAAAGGGCUGUGAUGGGUGCAGGCCUGAUGGGUAUGUGUGGAGUUUUUGAGAAAGGCUCCUCGUGUGGGACCAGAGAAUGUUCUCGGAGGAUUGAGAGGGAGAUUGUUAGUUUGAUGGGCCCUUGGUGGGCAAAGUUUUGGAGAAGUAGUCUGGGUGCUCACUGUGUUGGGGCAUGGAGCCUGGGGGCUCGCUGUGUGGCUUUUGAGAUGCUGAGAACUCAGGUUUUAGACACAGUGAGUUUCACUGCUGAGGACUGGGUGCAAGGAGUUGGUGUCGAUGGAGGAACAGGACUCCAGGGUCCCAGCCCUGGAACCAUUCAGGGUGGAGCAGGCACCACCUGUAAUCUACUAUGUCCCUGAUUUCAUUUCCAAGGAAGAGGAGGAGUAUUUGCUUCGACAGGUUUUUAAUGCCCCAAAGCCAAAAUGGACCCAGCUCUCUGGGAGGAGGUUACAGAACUGGGGUGGGCUCCCCCAUCCUCGGGGAAUGGUUCCUGAGCGGCUACCCCCAUGGCUUCAGCGCUACGUGGACAAAGUAUCUGACCUCCGACUUUUUGGGGGUCUCCCAGCUAACCAUGUCCUUGUGAACCAGUAUCUGCCUGGGGAGGGCAUCAUGCCCUGGUGCCCACUCCCCAGCCCCAUGAGGAUGGACCACUGUACUACCCGACUGUCAGCACCAUCAGCCUGGGCUCCCACACCAUGCUGGACCUCUACGAGCCACGGCAGCCAGAGAACGAUGACCCUAUGGAACAGGCCCUCAGCUAUGGCCCUAUCCCCACCUCUGGGCCCUCGACUCCCCUCAGAGCCCCUCAACCACCCCCCUGGAGUCCCUAGGGAGCCGGAAGCUGCUGGAUGCACCGUCUGCCUUCUAUCUGGAGAGGAGAGAAUCAGGCCAGAGCAGGCCCAGAACCUGGCACAGGACUCCCUGGACCCUCCUGAGCACUUCUGGGGUAGGCUAAGGGGCACUGAGCCCACUGCUGGCCCCCCAAGAUUGUUAAUGCCCUCUUCCCAUGAGGACUCAGCUGGAGGCAAACAUUGUGAGCAGCCCAUCUCUGGCCUGGAGGUACUAGAGGCUGAGCAAGAUGGCCUGCACCUUUGCCUAUUGGGGAUGGAGCGAGGCUGGGGGCCCUGGGCAUUGGCCCAGAGAGGAAUGGUCCAGUUGCAGGCCCUGCAGGCAGACCUUCGAGGGGCAGCAGAGCGUGUGGAUGCACUGCUGGCAUUUGGUGAGGGGCUGGCACAGCGGAGUGAGCCUUGGGCCUGGGCAUCCCUGGAGCAGAUCCUGAGGGCCCUUGGAGCCCACCGAGACACCAUCUUCCGACGGCUCUGGCAGCUGCAGGCCCAGCUGGUCGGCUAUAGCCUGGUGUUCAAGGAUGCUGGCACACUGGACCAGGACUUGGAGAUUGAGGAGGACUCAGAUGGGCCAGGACCUGGUGGAGUCUGGGGGCCCUGGGCAUCCAAUAGCUUCCCUACUUCUGCAGAGUUGGAAUGGGACCCAGCAGGGGAUGUUGGGGGCCUCGGACCCUUGGGGCAAAAGACAGCCUGGACACCAGUGGUUCCCUGUGAGCUGUGUGGCCACAGGGCCCCUCAGGUCAGGGGACAAGGCCUUGAGGAUAUGCUCAUGUCUGGUCUCAGCCACCGGAAACACUUAGCAGGUUACCGAAGAUGUGCCCUAUUCCAGAAGCCUCAGGACAAGAAGAGGCAAAUGUCUCCCAGUCUCCAGGAUGUGACAUUGGAGGUGGAUACUGGGGCCCCCGAUCCUGCAUCCAGGUGGCCCCUGGCCUUCCUCCUUAUCCUCCUCAUCCUCCUCCUUCUCCUGGUAGGGGCCGCAUUGCUCCUGCCCAUGUCAGGGGUUCUCUGCUGCUUUCAUGUCCGACUGGCCAGGACACCUUACCUGGUGCUCAGUUACGUCAAUGGUCUCCCCCCAAUCUGAGUACACAGCCCAGACAUGUAUAAUAAACAGUCACUGUCGA